AAGUUCAUUUUAUUUUAAGAUAUGGUAAUGGUUAAAUAUUGGCACAUGUAUUAUACAUCUUAAAUGUUUCAUUUUGUUUUCAGGUAAGAGAUAGACAUUAAAGAUGUUGACAAGAGAAUUAUUUCAAGUAGCUUCAGUUUCGAGGCUCAAUAUUCUGACUGGAUCUCUACCCAAGAAGGGAUAUAAUGGCUUUAGGUUGCCACACAAUAGACUGCUACACAGUGUGUGUCGGACCGGCUGUAGCGACUCCAAACCUAGAUACACUACUCAAACAGAACUAAAAUCAUUGAACUCUUUUAAGCAUAUCAGGGUUUACAGUAGUGAAAACCGACAAACUGCCUUAUCUGUGAUGAAAGAUUUAAAGCAUUUGAAAUCUUCACCAUUUCCUGCUCUCGUUCUUGGUGGUGCCGGAUUAAUUCCAUUCAUAGGAGCACCUCUUUACAUGGUAACAACAGGUGGUUUUGUCGCUAGUUUAGCUUAUAGUCAGGUUGCGUAUGGUGCAGUUAUUUUAUCUUUCGUUGGAGCGGUCAGAUGGGGUAUGGCAUUAUCUGACAAUGGAGUUGUCCGGCCGAACUGGAUCAAUCUUGGUUAUAGCGUGACUCCGUCUCUAAUUGCCUGGGUGGCAUUGAUGAUGCCUACGCCUUUUUCGCUGGCAACACUGAUGGUUGGUCUUGGUGGUGCAGGUUACAUGGAUAUCACAAUGUACGGAUAUCCAUCUUGGUUUAAAGCAAUGAGGUUUCUUCUUACAAUCACAGCAAUUUUAUCGCUAUGGACAACUUUACUUUUCCAUUAUGUGAAAUUUGGUUCGGCAAAGAAUAAAAAAUCUGAAGUAAAGAAAGGUAAAGAAGUCAAGCAGUCCAUAAAGGAUGUAGAAAAAGCCGUUGCUCAAGCUGUGUCAGAAAUUGAUCCAGUGGCAGAUGUUGUAUUAGGUGGUAGUAAACAGGGAAGUAGAACAUGGAGAAUUGAUACGAAAGAAAAAGGGAAUGUUUCGAAAGAAAACAGGAACAAUAAUUCUGAGUUAGGAGUAUUACAGGCUGUUUCAGAAAUUGACCCAGUGGCAGAUGUCGUUCUGGGAGGAUAUAGGUCCGGUCAGAAUUAUAAAGCUGGUACAAGGACUGAACAAAAUGUUAAAGGUAACUCAGAGGUAGCAGUCAUGCAAGCUGUUUCAGAAAUUGAUCCUGUUGCUGAUCUGGUUUUAGGUGGAAAUAAAACGUCAGAUUUGAGAUCUAGGUCAAAAUAAACUUUUCAGUCACAAGAUAUACAAACAGAGGGAGAUUUGUGAAUGCUUUAUCAAAAUAACAGAUAUAAUUAUGAUGAAAGUCAAUUUUUUAAAGAAAUACAAGUGUUUUUGUCUCAAA